AUGGAUCCUGUCUCUCCAGAAAGAAGGAGGUUGUUACCCUCUUCUUCACUUGUUAACAAUGCAAGUAAAAGGAAGUACAAACCUUUCAACUGCUUCAGUAACUACUGUAAGGAAUUAAAGUCUCGUUUAUUGAGUUUACCAUUAAUCCUCCUACUGAUUUAUUCUCUGCCAAUAACAGUUAGCUAUUCGAUUUUUGAAAUUUUUUUCAGACAUUUUUCUCACAACCCUUACAACCAAUGUGGAUCUAUUGGGUCUGGUAAUAAUACAGUAUUUCAUAAUCUUGGAAUUAUAGUUUUAAAUGCUCUCUUUCUUCUUGCCCCUUUCUGUGGUUGGUUAUCAGAUACUAAGAUUGGUAGGGGUAAUGCUAUUUAUCUUGGUCUAUGGCUUGGUUGGAUAGGCACUUUAUUGUUUGCCAUUGGAUGCUGUUUGCAAUAUAAUUCAUGUGGCACUACUGCUCUCAUAGUAGGAGGAUAUGUGUUUUUUGGCAUAGCUUUUGUUUUCAUGUUAGUCUCAUUGUCACUUUUGUUCACUAAUAUAUUACCAUAUGGUAUAGAUCAGUUGAUGAAUGAAUCUGCUAUCAAAAUAAGAGCAUUUAUUCACUGGUACUGGCUAUGCCUUUAUAGUGGCUACAUAUUUUUUGUUGUAUCGAAUGAGCUCAUUGCUUCAGUUGUGGCUUUUGCUCUGUUUUCUUUUUCUCUUUGUCUUCAUUUUCUUUUUAAGCAUCGUUUUGAGCACAUACCUAUUCCUAAUCCUUAUAAAAUUGUAUUUAAAGUAUUGAAGUUUUCUCUCAAAACUAGUCGCACUAGAAGACAGCAUCGUAGUGCAUUCACAUACUGGGGAGAGGAGCCCAGUAGAAUGGAUAUUGCUAAGGAGAGGUAUGGUGGUUGUUUCUCUUAUGAAGAAGUGGAAAAUGUAAAGACUUUUCUACGUAUUGCUGUUGUUUUGGCAGCUGUUUUCUCCUUAUUUGUCUCUAAUUUUCCCUUUUUUAAUAGUUCCUCGUAUUUUGUUGCACAAUUUAAAAAUGGUUAUGAAGGAAUUGCUGCCAAUGCUAUCUGGCUUUUAAGCAACAUCAUCCCUUUGUUUGUUCUGGUCCCUUUGUUUGAACUGGUUAUUCUACCUCUCUUCCCUAAAUUUGAAUAUUUUAUAAUUAAUCCAUUGAAAGGACUUGGUUUGGCUAACAUUCUUAUUUUAUUGUCUAUUGUUAGUUUAUUCCUCAUUGACUUGAUUGGAAGGAUUACUAGCAGCAUUUCUGAAAUGCCUUGCUUCUUCAUAUGGGAACCAGUUAAUAAAACUAUUCAAAUUUCAUAUUGGAUACUACUCAUACCAUCAGUAUUAGCUGGUACAUCAUUAUUUCUCUCUUACACAUGUAUCCUGGAGUUUAUGUGUAGUCAGUCUCCUUAUGGUAUGCAUGGAAUGAUCAUUGGACUGUUCUGGUUUUUGCACGGUGUAUUCCUUGACAUUGCUGCAGGCUUUUUAUUAAUAGUUUAUUAUCACCCUAUACCGUCAGUCUCGUUUAUGUCAUGUACCUCAUGGCUUUUUAUGAUAUUUGGUAUAAUUACUGGUAUAGGAUUAGUGGUGUAUGUAUUAAUAGCUCGAUGGUAUGUCAAUAGGGUCAGGGAUACUGAUCUUGGUCUACGUGCAGCAGUAGAGGAACAUUGGGAGAAUAGACUGAUCACAGCAAAUGCCAUAAAUGACAGUGAAGCAUCAGAAGAUUUUAUUAUAUCUAGUUUUGAUUGA